UUCCAUUGGACAAAAGUCUGAAACGUGGGGAUUUGAUUGGAGAAGGCAAUUGUAAAACUGACCAAUGAGAGGGGAAAUAUGUGUUUCCUUGGUUACAAAUGUUGUCAACCAACCAUCAGAUAUAUAAUCCAUGGGUGGCAGAGACCUUCGUAUGUUUGUAACAAAUCACAGAGCAGAAGAUAUAGAAAAGCUGACCCUACGGAUAAAAGAUGGUUUGGGAAGCACCAAGUACAAACCAUUGCAGUAUGAGCAAUUACAGCCCUUGCUCGAUGCCAAAAGACUUGCUUGUGCACGCACCGUACAAAAGAUUCAGAAGACCCAGCAAGUGGCACAGAGGACCAGGGAGAACACACUCUUGAGGCAACACAGGGAGGUGUGGAUCCGGGAGCAGGCCAAAUUAAUGAAGGCUGGGGAAACGGCAGAAGCGGACCUUGUGAGUUUUCUGGAGAAAAAUGGAAAUAGCUUCAUAUCACAGAUGCGAGACUACGGGCUGAUCCUGGAGCGGGAGCGGGAGGGAUUCAGAGAUGCUACAGUAAAGCCCAUCUGGCAAUUAAAGGAGGACCUGCAAUAUAGGCUGGCUGAAGUGCGACAGCACACAUCACAACAUUCCAUUCACUCACAGAUCUCUGACUGGGAUUCAGUACUGCAGGAGGUGCAUUCUGUGAAGGACCAGCAAGAAGCAAUUGCAGAAAAGCUACAUUCUGAAUGUUUGUCACUGGAACAGGAGAUCUUUGCAUUAGGAAUUGAGGAGUGUUUCUCUUCUGCACAAGAGAUGUUGGGAGAUUUGACACAGGUUCCAGAGGAGAUCAUGAGUGCCUGGUGUCCCUACCCUGAUUUGAAGUCUUCACUCCUCCAGGAGUUUCAUGCCCUCAGUGAGAAAUAUGAGUCAAAACUACUGACUAUCAGAAAAUGCCUGCAGGAAAUAGGCAGAUACUGUGGUUGGCCAGAAGAGGAUCACAUGGUGUUUCAGAUGGUCAUGAGUCAGUACCCACAUGACCUGAACAACUACCGAACUCUCUCCAUGGACAUGUUACAGAGACUUCUCCCUCACAGAUUAAGACAGGAGCUGAAGGACCACGAGCAGUCUUGGGACCAGUACCGCUUUGCUCAGACCCAUCAGCGGGCAGUGCUCCAGAGUUGGUGGCAGGACCAGGCCGGACUGCUGAUCAAGUCUCUGGCGAUUCUGGAAGAGGCCCGGGUGGCCCACCAGGAAGAGCUGACCCUGCAGAGCCAACGGAGACACCAGCAGGAGAUCUCCAACCAGCUGAAAGAGAAGCUGCAGCUGUGGCGUGCCCAGCAGGAGGAAGUGGCCAGACUGGAGGCUGCCAUCGCGUCCAGGAGACAGGAGGAAGAGGAAGACAGGCUGAGGAGGGAGCAGGAGAGAGACAGGGCCCGGAGGGCUGUACAGAAAGAGAGGGUAAAAGAGUUCUAUACCGAAAAACAGAGGAGGAGAGAGGAACAGGAGAAGAAGGACCAAGAGCGACUGGAAGAACUGAGGGAACUUAUGGUUGAGCAAGCAAGAAGAGACAAGGAGAGGGUGCAGUUUCGGGAAGCGCUCCUGCUGCAGCGAAAGAGGGAAAGGGAGGCACAAGCACUCCUGAGACUGGAGGAGGAGGCGGAGAAACAGGGACAUCUGGAGGCCCUCAGGAACCAGGUUGCAGUUGUAGUAGAGGCAGACCCAGAGAGAAUGAUGGGAAACACCAAGGCCUGGCAGAGCCGGCACCAGACAGGAGAAGAAUUUGUCCUGCAAAAGCCCCUGUAUCCGCUAUAUUCCUUCACUGACAGACAGAUUGUGUCCGAUCCAAGAGUCCGGAUUGAGCAAGCUCUGCGGGAGGCAGGAUUUCACAAUUCACCAUAUGCCAGGGAGGUUUUGUCUUCUGUCCAUCCUCCAAGACUGCCCCGGCGGGACACAGAGUCUACUAUAUUUAAAUCCUGACCUGGACACAGAGUCUACCAUGUACAACUCCUGACCUGGGCACAUAGUCUAGCAUGUACAACUCCUGAUUUGGACACAGAGUCUACCAUGUACAACUCCUGACCUGGGCACAUAGUCUAGCAUGUACAACUCCUGAUUUGGACACAGAGUCUACCAUGUACAACUCCUGACCUGGGCACAUAGUCUAGCAUGUACAACUCCUGAUUUGGACACAGAGUCUACCAUGUACAAAUCCUGACCUGGACACAUAGUCUAGCAUGUACAACUCCUGAUUUGGACACAGAGUCUACCAUGUACAACUCCUGACCUGGGCACAUAGUCUAGCAUGUACAACUCCUGAUUUGGACGUAGUCUUAUCAUGUUAAAAUCCUGGCCUGGACACAGCGUCCACUAUAUUUAAAUCCUGGCCUGGACACAGCGUCCACUAUACUUAAAUCCUGGCCUGGGCACAGAGUCCACAAAAUUUAAAUCCUGAUCUGGACACAGAAUCCACCACAUUUAAAUGGGACUCCCAGCCAGAUGGCACUGGCACAAUCCAGACUUCAAUCUGGGCCAUGGGUGCAUCACUGAACCAUGCUAAAGUUCCAUAAGGGUGCUCAAUUUUUAUGUUUCAAUUUUAGAGGAAUGUAAUUAUAGAACUGACUGUAAUUAAUUAUAUUAGAAAUAUUACUUAAAGAAAAUCCGUUUGUCCUGUGCUGUUUGUUCCAUACUGUCAUUUUUUUAUGCUACAAAACAGGAAACCACACUGCUGAUAUUUCAUUAAAUUUGUCAAGACCAUCUUUCCAGAAAAUGUGAUGUGUGAAAUGUCGUAUCUAUAUAUUCAUGCCAUCAUGUAUCAUAUAUUUAUGCCAUUUUCUGUUAAUGUUUCUCCACUAAGAUCUGACCAGAGUUCUAACCUGUAUUAAUUUGUUUUAAUGUCACUGUCUCAGUUUCAGUAUUUAGGUGCAAUUCCUUGCAAUCAGCCCAGACCUAAAUUUACCAACACUGAAAUUAUCAAGUGUAGCAAAAGAACAUAAAAUGACAAGGAAAAUGGACUGAAUAUAAUCAAAUCAGAAAAUCUGUGCUGGUUUUCCAUUCCUUGUGGGAUUUUCAUCACAGGGAGCAUUAUAGAACAUCUGUGGUAUACCUAGAAUUGCAUCCAAAGCAUAGAUUUUUGAAGAGAUUUUUGUGAUAGAGCUGGCUUAAUUUCCUGGUCCAGCACCCAUAUUGUGGCAGUUCCAACGUUUAAAUGCCUUCUUAUGUUGAUGUUGAGGUUCUGUUCGCUCUUUGCGUUUUUCCUGUAACAGUCGUAAAUCAGAGGGCACUACAAUAGUUGCAAUAAGUAACAAUAAAAUGCAUUUGGAUUAAACCA